GUGAAUCUUCGUCUGUUGAUCAAAAUUCAACAACAAACUGGUUGAUAUCUGUGUGGCCGAAUUUACGAAGACAAUUUUCUGAUGAUGAGAUAUUUAAUGCUGAUGAAACCGGAAUUUUUUACAAAUUAAUGCCGGAUAAAACUUUAAAAUUUAAAGGUGAAAAUUGUAGUGGAGGUAAGUUGUCGAAAGAUAGAAUAACUGUCAUGGUAGCAGCUAAUAUGAGUGGCACAGAGAAAAAGAAAUUGCUCAUUAUUGGAAAGUCACAAAAACCAAGAUGUUUUAGAAGUGUCAAAUCAUUACCUGUCGAUUAUGCUAACAAUCGUAAAGCUUGGAUGACGUCAGAACUUUUUGAAAAAUGGCUUCGUGAUUGGGAUCGUGAUUUGGUGAAGAAGAAGAAAACGAUUCUAUUGCUGGUUGAUAAUUGCCCGGCGCAUCCAAAUGUUACUGAUUUAAAGUCUAUAACACUUGCUUUCCUUCCGCCGAAUACAACAUCAGUACUGCAGCCAAUGGAUCAGGGAAUAAAACGAUCACUCAAAACGAAUUUUAGGAAGAACCUUGUGCUCAAAAUGAUUAGCUGUCUUGAUGCUAAUGAAAACAACUCUUCUACAAAAAUAACGGUGCUAGAUGAAAUUUUGACGGUUAAUGAUGCCUGGAAUAAAAUGUCACAAAGUACCAUUCGUAACUGUUUCAAACAUGCAGGUUUCAUUGAAAGCCACGACGGUUUACCUAUUCAAAUAUCAGAACAUGAAUUCGAUGAAGAAGAUGACAUUUCUUUAUCUCUGUGGUCACGAAACCUAAAUUCAGAUUCUUUAGCAGCACCGGAAAUGUGGGAAGAUUAUGUUGACGUCGAUAGCGCUCUCCUCACAUCCGAAGAACCCAACGAUGAAAAUAUCGCACAGAACAUUAGUGCUAAGAAACAACUCGAAAGUGAUGGGGAAGAGGAAGUCGAGGAAGAACCAUUACCUACCGCAGAAGAGGCAUUAAAAGCUGCAGAAUUAUUAUCACGAUUUGUUCACAGCAAUAUUGAAAAUGAUAAUUUGACCAUAGCUAUGUCUUCUAUACACAAUAGUGUCGUUGGCAUCGCACUCGGUCGCACUGUCGUUGUCUGCACACGCUUUUACACGGUCAUACUGUGCACAUUCGUUUGA